UCAAGUUUCCUACCUCAAUUGCCCCUCUAACAUACAGAUUUACAUUAGUUAUUGGUAUGGGCUUUAUGAUGGCAACCAUUCUCAGGGUAACGUUAAAGCAAUUGAUUUUGUUCUCACUGGUAGUAAACUUCAUCUCUCCUGCUUUUUCACAUACUUACAGCACUGACCAAUGGCAAAGACAACUUCCAAGCCGAAUGCCCCAAAAUGGCAAUCAUCUGCACUUUAAACAGCAUCAACGUCACCAACAAACCAUUUCCAGACCAGUUCCAGUGAAAACUGUCGCUGUGAUGUGCUUUUCAGACUACAUGGAGAUAGUCGUGAAUGCUGAUUUGUUUAAAACUGGUACGCUUAUUGACAUGGAUGACCUGCGCCUUGGAGUUGAACAGUACCAAGCUCAAGAGCCCUGUAGGGCUACAGUUUCAGCAGCCGGAGAUGAGUACAGAAUAUUUGCAGCACUAUCGGACUGUGGAACCAAGCAUGUGCUGAACGAAGACUCCUUGAUCUACACAAACCACCUCAGAUAUACACCCAGUACCAUUCCAGAUGGGGUUAUUCAAAUGGAUGGUGCUGUAAUCCCAAUUGAGUGUCACUACGAAAGGAAGUACAAUUUGAACAGUGCCUCUCUCCAGUCGGCCUGGAUCCCCUUUACCGCCACAGUGUCUGCUGAGGACACCCUGCAGUUCUCCUUGAUGCUCAUGACAAGUGACUGGCUUUAUGAGCGGGGUUCAGGAGUCUACUUCCUGGGUGAUCGCAUCAACGUGGAGGUGUCUGUCAGGCUCGCUCACCACACCAAGCUCAGAGUCUUUGUUAGCAGCUGCGCGGCAACACUGGACCCUGACUCGAACUCUGUCCCCAGAUACGUCUUCAUUGAGAAUGAUGGGUGUUUGAUGGAUUCCCAGUUGCCUGGCUCCAACUCCAGGUUCAUGCGUAGAACCCAGGACAACAACCUCCGGUUCCACAUUGAUGCCUUUAGGUUCCACCAGGAGGACAGGGCGGAGCUGUACAUCACAUGCCACCUUAUGGCAGUCCCUGUCAUGGACCAUGCAGAACCUAGCAACAAGGCAUGCUCCUUCAUCGACGGCAGGUGGAAGUCCGCCGACGAGAAUGAUUUGCUAUGUGGCCGUUGUCCAAGUCUGAAUAGCCAGAAGGGGGUCGCUCCAGCACGCCGUCCCCUCAGUGAAAGAUUAGGCAGUAGCUCACCUGAACUUCGUGGUUACCACAGCAAACCCCCAGCCUCUGGCGACCACUGGAGGAGUGGGAUGAAGACCAACAAAGUGUGGAAACAGCGUGCUACUUUGGGCCCCAUGAUUGUCUUCCCAACCAAACAGAAGGGUUUACUUCCAUCACCACGGAUGAAGGAAGGUGUCCAUAGACAUGGCUUCCCCUCCGCUACAGACAACGCAAGGCCUGCAUCACCUAGCAGUCGUUGGAAGAGUGGAAUGGACUUCAAGAGAGGACCUUAUUUCAGCCAAUCGCAAAAUGCAGCUAGUCAUGGACCCAAUAAACAUGGUUUCGUUAGCUCUGCAACGUAUGAUGGCAUCAGGCUGAAAGAACUGAUUGCCCGAAGAGAGCUGGAGCCUACCCCUGAGCCCAUUGGAGCAAAGAUGACCACAGAGAAAGGGUCUGAUUCUCGAGGAUGAGAAGCAUAAUGGAUCGGUAAAACAUUGGAACUCAUGCUGGCGCAUCGAGCAGGUCUGCCUCCAGGACAAGACUCAUCCCAAUAAAUGUCAACCUGCACAUGGCAAUUCCCAGUAUCAACCUUAAACUUCAUCAGAGCUUUUGUGUUUCACAAAGCAGUUAUGAAGUGUUCCCAGUCCACUCACUUCUUUUUAUGGAACUGGAAGUUGAUGUUGCUGUGGUGACCACUUUUGGUCCAGCACCAAGCAGCACUCCAACUCACUUAGGAUGCCAGUCCUGAUGUCCCAGCACAAGGUUGCGCCUACAACUAUCAAAUUACAUCCGCAUUAUCCCCACAUCGUCUCCUGGUGAGGUGAACAAUGCGGAGAACUCAACAUGUGACGAGACAACACUAAGGGGACACUCAAAAGAACAAGAUCAACCCAAGCGGUGACUGAACUUCACAAAAUAAAUUA